CUUAAAAAAAAAAAAAAACAAAACCCAAAGCAUAACUACUUUUGCAGCUGAACGUGACUGUGGCGUGCAGGAAGUGGAGCAUUGGCAUGAAGUGGCUCCCAGUGGCUGUGUGGCGCACGCCAGCUGCCCUCCUCUGACUCCACUGGUACCUGGAGGCCUGGCCUCACUGGUGGGAGAACACGGGUGUGAAGGCUGCUGGUGACUGGGCCAGCAUCCACUGUGAAGACUGGAGGGACACACCCCGCUGCUCACGCCUGCAGGGCUCUGAGAGGAGGAAGCCUGGGGCAGGACCUGUGCCGGUGGCCGCUGGACACAGCAUGGAGCACCCCAGCAAGAUGGAGUUCUUCCAGAAGCUGGGCUACGACCGGGAGGACGUGCUCCGGGUGCUGGGCAAGCUGGGCGAGGGCGCCCUGGUCAACGACGUGCUGCAGGAGCUUAUCCGCACAGGCAGCCGCCCGGGGGCCCUGGAGUACCCGGCUACACCCAGGCUAGUGCCUCGGGGCUCCUGUGGGGCCCUGGACUCUGCCCAGCGUGGCCCGGGGACAGCCCUGGAAGAGGACUUCGGAGCCCUGGCCAGUUCUCUGCGACCCAUAGUGAUCGAUGGCAGCAAUGUGGCAAUGAGCCAUGGAAAUAAAGAAACCUUCUCUUGCCGGGGAAUCAAGCUGGCUGUGGACUGGUUCAGGGACAGAGGACACACCUACAUCAAAGUUUUUGUUCCAUCCUGGAGGAAGGACCCACCAAGAGCUGACACCCCUAUCAGAGAGCAGCACGUGCUGGCGGAGCUGGAGCGGCAGGCGGUGCUGGUGUACACGCCAUCCCGCAAGGUGCACGGCAAGCGCCUGGUCUGCUACGACGACCGCUACAUCGUGAAGGUGGCCUACGAGCAGGACGGCGUCAUCGUCUCCAACGACAACUACCGGGACCUGCAGAGCGAGAACCCCGAGUGGAAGUGGUUCAUCGAGCAGAGGCUGCUCAUGUUCUCCUUUGUCAACGACCGGUUCAUGCCUCCUGAUGACCCCCUGGGCCGCCACGGACCUUCCCUGAGCAACUUCCUGAGCAGGAAGCCGAAGCCCCCAGAGCCAUCCUGGCAGCAUUGUCCCUAUGACGCGGCCGAGGACGAGGGGGAGGCUCGCGCCCGGGCUCGCAUCGCGCUCUACAGCGUCUUCCCGCGCGACCAGGUGGACCGUGUAAUGGCCGCGUUCCCGGCGCUCUCCGACGUCGCCAGGCUCAUCCUCCUGGUGCAGAGAUCCCAGAGCGCGGGGGCGCCGCUGGGCAAGCCCUAAGGGACCACCACGCCCUUGCAGGGAAUGGCCCAGCCUCGCCUUGGGUCUUGGACAGGUGGACCUGUGGUUGCCAGCCUGGACCUGAGUGGGCCCACCGUGGCGCCCCCUUUUCUUUAAAGAUGGUCAGGGAAGCCUGCUUCUUCCUCCUCAGCAGGGUUGUGGGGGCUUGGUGGCACUUGGUGAUACUCACUGAGGCUGGGGCCUGCUGCGGGGAGGCCCACCUACUUCCGUGGAGGGAAUGAUUUUCCAUGUGCACGGAGACUGCAAGUCCAAGCUGCAGUAGAAUCCACAAGUGGGUCACAAAAUCAAUUUAGUGGGUCACCACCACAAACAGCGGACUGGGACAGGUCAGAGCGCACCCUGUGCAAUCAGGCUGAGUCUGAACUCUUGUUACCUAGCCUGUGUCCCUACCCUCUUGGCAAUCAUGUAACUAACCUCAAUGUGGGUUGUAGUCAGAAGUUUAAAAAAGACUGUGAAUGGUCUUGAA